AUGUCUGUUAUAUACGACUUCACGGGUAAAGUAGUGUUGAUUACGGGUUCGAGUUCGGGCAUCGGUGCGGCCACUGCUGUCCAGUUCGCCCAAUCGGGUGCCAGUGUUGUGGUCACCGGUCGUAGAGCUGAUAAAGUGGCAGAAGUAGGCGAACAGUGUCUGAAAGUAUCGCCAAAAGGAAUUAAAGCGCUGGAAGUGACGGCAGAUGUGACCAAACGGGAAGACAUGCGACGACUCGUCGACCAAACUAUCAAACAUUUCGGUAAACUUGAUAUUCUGGUCAAUAACGCCGGACUUAAUGCCAGACCAACUGAUGAGGACUUUUACGAGAAAUACGAGACAGUAAUGACAAUUAAUCUCAAUUCUGUGGUUUAUUUAACGCAUGUAUGUGUCGAUUGCGGAUCGAGCCACGUGUUGACAUUAUUAGUAGUGUUAGUGUUUGAGUUCUCGGGCCUUUCGAGGCAAUCCCACGGCGCGUCUGGGGGCUUCACGCCGGUCGCAGCGCGUGUCGGUUCCUCCCUGACCACAUGUGCAGUGGAUAUGUUUACUAAAUGUAUGGCAGCCGAGUUGGGCCCUAAGCGCAUCCGGGUUAAUCUCGGGGCCGAUACGCACCGGUUUUUUACAACAAUGGGCGCAACACAGGGCGACUCCGAUAAGUUGUUUGAAGCCUACGCUAAAAAAUUACCGGUUGGCCGCUACGGCUUGUCUGAAGAUAUUGCCGGUAGUAUACUAUACCUGGCCAGUGACCAUGCUGCUUUUGUCACCGGCACUAAUCUUGUUUGCAAUGGCGGGGCCGUUGCCGUCAAUGCACUUUACUCCGAAAUUCUUAAGAUUGUGGUUUAA